UGUAAAGUAAUAUGUACAGGGUGCGCCAUCUUUUAUGUAGAUGGCAUCCCUGCCUCUCUCCCGCGGCCACUCCGCCUACUCAUCCUCCUCCUCAACAUCCGGCACCACCUCUUCGGACUCGGAGGAAGGCGGUGCCAACUCUCAUCAACCAGGCCCCAACGGAGGCGGAACCAACUCCACGACAGCCACUGGUGGGGGUAGUGGUACCGCCCCAACUGCAGAAGGCGGGGAAGAUUCUGAUGAUGCGGACAGCGCCAUGUUGGCCAGCUGCAGUUUGCAGGAGAUACGGCAGGAGGACCUGGCGGCCAUAUUGCCGGAUCAGCAGGAUGUGGAUGCGUUCAACGAUUUUGAUGAGUGCAGAGAGGAUAAGAGGUCGCCGGCUGGGGCGGAUCUGUCGGGGGAAGGUAGCGACAUGGAGCUUCCCCAACAAGCCGUCAACGCCCUGAUCCAACGUACAACCGAAAGCUCCAGCGAAGGGGAGACUCACGCUCCUCCUCCACCAAGCAGCCUCUACGCCAACAGCCUCCUCCAACAGUUCGUCGCUCAAACUCAAAUGCUGAACGCGCCCUGUCCUCCCAUACCAGUUACGGAAGCUUUGAAACCCCCGGUGCUGCCAUCCAGCAAUGGCGAAACGCAAAGCAAGAAGGCGGAGGAAGAUAACGGGAGGAAGAGGAGAGGUAGACCGAAGAGGGAGACCAAGGUGGUACCUGAGAAGGCGCAGGAGUAUUGUACGAAUCCGAACGUGUCGCCGGAUUCAGGGAUUCAGAAUAGUCCGGACCAUGUGUCCAGUCCGGAGCCGACCAUGUCGCCAAAUGUCACCCAGAAGAAGCCUCAGAAAGAAGAACCCAAAAAAGUAGAAAAACCCCCAGCAAAGAAUCUAAGAAACGAGAAAUCAACAAGCAAUAACAAUAACAAAAACAACAAAGCUACCGUACUUAAACCAGCUCCGACUAACAAUAAAGUGCCUGCAACAACCCUCAAUAACAAAACAUCUGCGCCCAACAACAAACUGGCUGUCACAGCGAAUCGUUUUGAUAGAAUGAUCUACGCUAACUCAGAUAAGGUUCUUUAUCCUCCCAGAAGGAAAGGAGGUAGGACUACUGCUAACAAGAAACCUCCUGGGAGGACAGUCAGGUCAAAACAACCUGUUACGUCAACAUCUGUAUCUACUGAACCGGUUAAACCUGUUGAAAACAAAGCUACAUCAAUCCUAGAAAAGCAAACAAAGACUGCUAAAAGUAAAGUGAGAACGAGACCAGUGCUUAGUACAAAAAAUAAGUUAGAAACUAAAGCGAAGUAUCAAACCUUAAAGGUACCCAAACUAAUGCAUAGCAAGCACAAGCACAAGAAACACAAAAAAUACAAGUUCAAGAUUCUGAAGCCAAUUGGUGAAAACAGCCCUAAGAUCAAUAUAGAAAUAGAUAAGUUGAUUGCAGAUUUCGUGAAAUGUUGCGCGAUAGCUACUAAACAACCGAAGGAAAAUGUUCCUGAACAGUUCCUGAAAACGCUGAAGAAGGUCACGAAGAAACGAAAAACAGCGGAAUAUUCAGAAAAAAAGAAAAAGAAGCAAAGCGUAAGCACCACAGUCGCUAAAGUGAGUAGCAAUGACCAGCGGUUGCCGUUGAAGAAAAGACACUAUCAUCUUCUGAGCAACAAUGAUAACAAGAGUGAAGUUGACAUUGAAAUGAAAACAGAAACUGAGGAAGAAAUCAAAGGUGAUAAGGCUAAAGUCAAACCGAAGGUUGCUAACAACGUAACUAAGAUGGAGACUGAAGAUGAUAAAGGUGACAAAGGCAAGACGAAAUCUAAAGUUGUCACAAAUACUCCGAAGGCGGAGGUUCAGAAGGUGCCAGUUAAUGCUAAGUAUGUGCCCGUUAUUAAAUCGAAUACCAGUGUUAAAGCAGCCAGUAUUAAUAAUAAUGAAUAUGAAUCUAAAGAAACAAAGGUUAAAGUUGUGGUUAGUCAUAUUGAUGAAGCUAUAGAAGCGUGUAUUAAUAAGUUUGCUGAUGAGAAAGUAGAACCUAAGACAGAAACCAGUGAUGACAAAGUGAAUACAAGCAAUAAUUCCAUAACGGCAACUACGCCUAAGAAGCGUCAUAGAUUGGAAAUGGCAAACGCGGCGGAAAAGGCGCCCUCUUUGGUGAAGGAUGUACAGGAUGUUGUUAGUGAAGAAAAAGCGAAACCGAAGAUCAGCAUAGAAUCUUAUAUAUCGGAAUUGAAGGCUAAGAGGAGUACGGUAGUUAAGGCAGUGGCUGAGGAAAAGAAGGUUGCUGUGAAGGAGGAGACGAAGGUGUCUGAGGGCAACGAAGAGACGUUGAAGUUGACUCCAGAGUCGAAGAAGAAGGUCAGAAAGAGGCGGGCUAUCAAUAGAACGGGCUUCCCUACGGUUAAAAAGAAAAAGAAGAAAAUACAACCUGCUGAAACGUCUGCAAGUGUUGUAUCUCGAUCAAUGGAACCCCGUCCGAAUUCUUGUGACCGUGUGCCUAAACAAGGAGAGGAAUAUACAAAGUUUGUGGAACGAACAGAAAAUGUACCAGACAAAGAGUGUGCAGAGGACAGUAUACUCUCUAUUAACAGAACUAUCGAUGACAGCUCCAAGUGGGAAACGAUGAGCGAGUGUGAAAGUUUGCCGCAGGACGAAAGAACAGAGUUUGACGAAGACUGUAGAGACCGAAUGACUUUGAGGAACAGGGACUCGUCUCCAGCAACCUCUGUUGAUACCAGAUCGAGUGAGCGAAGCAAAGCAACCGGCGAUGACCUAGAUCUGUCCCUCUCUCACAGCAUAGAACGCCUCCGAUCCCGUUUGGAACUGCGCAAGAAGCGGAAACGGAUGCGAGAAAGAGACAGCGGCACGUACCCUAAGCGGCGACCAAGUAGCGCGGAAUCUCCGUACAUCAACUCUUUGAAAGAAGAUCGAGCUUCUGCAUCUGGAGAUGAGAGGAGAAGCAGGAAGUCGCUGGCGCCUAGGUGGAGGAAGAAAUAUCUUGUUGCUGGACUGUUUUCGGAUUAUUACAAGGAAGACGAUGAAACUGCAAGACUUAAAAGACAAGAAAAUGCCCAGAAAUCAUCAAGGUUAGUGUAUAAUCCAGAAGAGCAUCCGUAUGGUCUCUUACCACCGCCUUACCACUGUGGAAAAUAUCUAAGGUGCAGGAAGAUACCAUUCCAACUUCCAUAUGAUCUAUGGUGGCAGCAUACCCAUUCUCAGUUGCCAGGCCGCGAUGUAGUACCAUCCUGGAACUACCGCAAGAUCCGCACAAAUGUGUACACAGAGAAAUCCACCACAACUUUAGGUUCCUGCGAAUCGCAGACUUGCAACUGUCGCGCUCCGUCCGGCAGUACUGGAAAUACUACCACGUUGGGAUGCGGUGAUGACUGCAUCAAUCGUUUGGUUUUGUCAGAGUGCCCACCUGCUGUGGGGCAUCGGUGUAAGAACCAAAGGAUACAGAGACAUGAGUGGGCGCCGGCUUUGGAGAAGUUCAUGACCGAGGACAAAGGUUGGGGCGUGAGAACCAACCAAGCGAUAAAAUGCGGCGAAUUCAUCCUGGAGUACGUCGGCGAAGUUGUGUCCGACGAUGAGUUCAAACGACGUAUGGCCUCGAUCUACGUCAACGACACGCACCACUACUGCCUUCACCUGGAUGGAGGUCUUGUCAUCGACGGUCACAGAAUGGGAGGCGAUGGACGGUUCGUCAAUCACAGCUGUCAACCGAAUUGCGAGAUGCAAAAGUGGUCUGUCAACGGCCAGUUUAGGAUGGCGCUCUUCGCUCAGAGGGAUAUACAGGGUGGUGAAGAGCUGACAUACGACUACAACUUCUCCCUGUUCAAUACCGCCGAAGGCCAAGAAUGCAAAUGCGGCAGCGACAUGUGCCGCGGCGUGAUCGGCGGCAAAUCUCAGCGCGUACGUCAACUUCCCGAACAAGCUCCUGCGCAAAAGAAUCCGGGAAGGGUGGGAAGACCCAGGAAGACGGAGGCAAGGAAGAAAGGCGUGGCUCAGAAGAUGACCACCAAGGAAGUGGAGAAGGCCACCAGUGCUAACACGCAAGUGCUGCCGUUGAUGCAGUUGAAGCCGAUGAGUCAUCAGCAGAAGUGUUUCAUUCUGGAAAGGCACUGUUUCCUACUACGAAACCUCAGCAAAGUCCGGAAGGUCAGAGAUCGAACAUUGAGCACGGUCUCCCAAAACAAUCGAGCCCAAACAGCCACGCCGACAGACUCUAGUACGUUUGUGAACCAUCUGAAUGCAUUGCAGAAGCCCAGGAACAUGAAGACUAGACGAUUGGCGCAAGCAGAGGAUGAUCCAGAACUCAACAAGACCGUUAAGUUGGCGGCCUUGCUGAAGGAGAUUUGGACCAAUGUGACUACUGCUAACGACGAAAAGGGCGAACCUCUCUCCGCGCCCUUCAUGACGCUACCAUCAAAACGCAAACUACCUGACUUCUACACGCGCAUCCAAUCUCCUAUCGACCUAACCACUCUAGAGCAAAACAUCGCCACUGGAGCGUACAAAACUCCCUCGGCCUUCGACGAUGAUUUCAACAAGGUGUUCAGGGACUACGUGCGCUUCUAUGGCAGGACCAGUGAGAUCGGAGUAGCGGCGGCCAAGCUGAAGAAGGUCUACGUUGAGAGCAAGAAGCAGAGCCUGGCCAAGUUCGAGGAUGUUAUUGGGGAGAAACCGCCACCGAAUUUCGUGCCUAAUAGGAGGAAAAGUGAAGAGGAAGACAUCAUCCGCUGCAUCUGCGGUAUCCCAAGGGACGAAGGUCUGAUGAUCCAGUGCGAACGUUGCCUAGUCUGGCAACACUGUGAAUGCGUCAAAGCUGACGUUUCAGCGCCCAGCUAUCAUUGCGAAGUUUGUGUUCCAAGAGAGGUGGACUACGAGAUACCCAUGGACGAAUAUACAGAGCAUGGACACCAGUUCUUUAUGACUCUUAUGAGAGGGGAUUUACAGGUAAGGCAAGGCGACACAGUGUACGUCUUGAGAGAUAUACCAAUAAAGGGCACGGAUCGUAAGCAUACCUACGAUACAAUAGGGCAUGUGGACCCUGGAGAGCUGGAUAUCUUCAGGAUAGAAAGGUUGUGGAAAGAAAAAGAUACGGGGAGACGAAUGGCUUACGGACAUCAUUAUCUUAGACCGCACGAGACCUUUCAUGAGCCUACAAGAAAGUUCUUCCCGAAUGAAGUAAUGCGAGUGCCUCUCUACGAAGCUGUACCGAUCGAGCUGAUCAUCUCCCGUUGUUGGGUGCUGGACCCCAACACGUACUGCAAAGGAAGGCCAGUGGGCUCCCAACCUGAACAUAUUUACAUCUGCGAGAACAGAGUUGACAAGGGGGCGAAGAUGUUCAGUAAAGCUGCGAAGUAUCCUGUUUGCACUAAGAGCUUCGCCUUCGAAAGAUUUGAAUCAAGACUGAAGAUCAGCAGGACUUACUGUCCCCAUGACGUUGACGCAUCUCUGAUCAAAUCAAAUGCACGACGUCAAAAACAAAAUGAGGACAACUCGAAUAAGAAUACAAACAACAAGGAGGUGAUAACUAUAGUGCCUGCGACACCUCCUGUUGUGAGGACUCGGCUGGAGCAAAAAACAAGACUCAACAAAAUACUUUUGAAUCUCUUGAGCAAGAUGCCUACAAAGCAGGUGCUUGAUGUCUCUUAUCUCUUAGAGGGUGGUAGAAGACGAAAGAAACUGAACGACAAUACUAACAAGCAGUGAUUGUCGUGAAAUGGGUGAUAUAUUUAGAUAUUUCUGUUUGCGUUGUGUGACAGGAGAGAAGUAAGAGCGCUUUUGAUCUUUUUUUAUAUUCAACUGAAUCUCAAACACUGCACUUUAGUAUAAAGCUUGGAGCAUUGGUCGCUUGGAACGCUAAUAUCGCGCACUUCUGUAUAGAGUAAAAUGCUUCUGAUAAGUAUAAUGCAAGUAAAGUUAUGUAAAUACCAAAGGCGAAGAUCACUUGAUCUAAAAAGAGGUCAGGGUCGGAGCUUAGGGAUCUACCUACUAAGCUAUACAGGGUGAUUCACAAGUCGUGACCAAAAAUGAAAAAUCAUACACAGGACCGCAUUUUACAUUUCGAUGUAUUUUUCUUUGAGGGAUUGGAAAGAUACGGGGUAAAGUUUAAGAACAAAAGACUUUUUUUAAUAUCUUCAAAACCGUCAACUGGAAUGAACUAAAAUUUGGUUCGAAUUUUACCUUCAAUUUGCUACAAAUAAUUACUCUUAUUGUUUCCUAGAGGGCAUUGUUUUCGUAAAAAUAAAAAAAAAUUAGAUAAUCAAAGCUAAAUUUCGAAAAAUGUUCAAAAAUGCUACCAUUCUGGCGGAUUCCAGUGCGGCAUCUUUUUAAAAAAAUUUUAUGGCUUGAAUUUAAUGAAACGCAUUAUCUAUUCUUUCUUGUAACUGAUCAACAGUAUUAAUUUGUUCAGCAUACGCUAGUUGUUUAAAAGCGCCCCACAAAAAGAAAUCGAGGGCGCUCAAAUCAGGAGAUCUAGCAGGCCAUUGUACGGGUCCGUUUCUGAUAAUCCAUCGUUGUUUAAAAUGAUUAUUUAACACGUUAAACGCCAAGCAAAAUGUUACAAAAAUGUCCAUCAGGCUAGUCAUGUUCCCAACAAAUAAUGUGCCUAAUCUACCGUCUACGUCAAAAGCUGACACAAGACGGGAACAACAUGUACUGAAAAAAAAAGAAGGAAAAUCACAUGAAAUCAGACGGUAUUGUAAAGGAUGUUAUAAUUAAAAAAUGAGCGGUGCAAUACCAAAAAAUAAAAUUCCAAAAGUUACUACAUAUUAUGACAGUUGAGAAGGAAAUCCCCACUUUUGACUUGACUGUUUCGGAACAAGUCAUAAAUAAAUGAAAUUAUCUUGUAUUUUGUAUCCCUGUAUCAUAAUUUAUUAUAUGUAUAUAUAGGGUGGCCCAUCCAGGUGUGGAUGGAAUAUUACUCAUAAACAAAUACAUUUUGGAAAAAUCUAUUAUACAGGGUGUCCCAAUUUUGACCUACAUAUCAAAGGUGUGAUUUUUUAAAUGGAAGGCCUAAAAUUUUAUUGCAUAUUUGGAUAAACCAAUUGACAAGAAGAAGAUUCAUAUAACAUAGUAUGGGGUUUUAGUAAUUUCCUACUUACACACCUCAGCUUGUUACUUUUUCGAAUUUUUUAUUUUUGCUUAUACAUGGUGGUCAAAAACGCGAAUUGUACUUUUUAUAAAAAUAUUCAAAUGAAAGUUUGGAUUCAAUUUUUUAUAAGCUUUUUUGUAUAAGGUUUGAUUUAGACAAAAUCACUAGAUUUUGAGUUAUUAAGCUUUUAAUAGAACAACACACCAAAAUUAAAUAUGGACCUCUGGCUGGAGUCAUCGUGGAAAUAAAUUAAAUACCAUGUGGGUGUCAUGACGAACAUGCGGAGGGGCACCGCCAUGCUGAUACCAAAUUCGUACUCUCGUUGCUAAUGGAACAUCAUCUAACACAUUUUCUAUGUAAUUCUCUAUAAAAGCUAAGUGUGAGUUUGCAUUUGAACGUUGUGGCAAUACGUGCAUAAACAGUUGGCUAUUGAAAAUGCCGCACCAGGCAUUUCUAGAAAAUCUGUGUUGAAACGAGUGGAUUCUAACAGAACGGGGAUUUUCUAAUGACCAAAUAUGUUCAUUAUGCGAAUUCCACUCCUCAUAAAAAGCGAUUCAUCUGACCACAAAACCAAAUCAAUAAAAUAUGCAUUUUGAUUAUGCAUUUGCAGUAACCGCUCACAAAAAUUUCGUAAUUGUACUUCGGUGCCGGGUUGCAGACAUUGCACAUUUCUAAAUUCCAUUUAACAACACUGAAAAAUGGAAAAAAGAAACUUUUGACUUCUACAAAAAAAUAGUAGUAACGAUAACAAUCGUAUAACACAUAACUUUGACAAACUAUCUUCCAAGAAACGUCAAGCUGGUAUUAAGGCCUCCUACUUUAUUUUGAAACUUUUAUCGCGGCACUUCAUGAAUGAUCUAAUUUGUUUUGUUUUUAUUUUUACGAAAACAGUGCACUCUGGAAAACAAAACAAGAGUAAUUGUUUGUAGCAAAUUGAAGGUAAAGUUGCGCGUUUCAAAAAGAACAGUGGCGUGCUAUUUUUAUUUGAAAGAAUAGUAUCACUAAUCCCCUGUAUCUGCGCCACUGGUGCACGUAAAACUUUUCAGUUGACGGUUUUGAAGAUAUCAAAAAAACUGUUUUUUAUUUUUAAACUUCAGCACCCUGUAUCAUUUUAAUGAAGCCCUCGAGGAAAAAAUUAAACAUCAUACACAGGACGUAUGAUGUUUCAUUUUUGGUCACAACUUGUGAAUCGCCCUGUAUAAUUUAAAAUGUCAUAAUAAAAAAGUCAGGCGGAUAGGGAUUGUCAAAUCUACGAAUACGUUUUCCGCUCUUUUUCCGUCAGUUGCAUAUUUAUACCAUAUAGAAGUGAGAAUCUAGCGCUUUUCGGUAAAUUCCCUUCUGUCACAGAGUUGUUUCAAAUAUAUAGAUUGAAGACUUGUCCUAUAAAUUUGACAUGGUCAAAAUUGUCGGGAAAGCUUUGGUCCUGUUCUGUUUUUCUUGAUUCAUAAUUUUAAUAACUAGUCAUAGUAAUUGUUAGUUAUUUGGUCUUGAGUUUCUGUCCAUUAUUUAUUUGUACAUAGAAAAAAGAGUAAAGUUGUUGCUAAUAUAUAUUUUUGCAAGGUUUUUUAAAAAAAGUUAUUCCGUUUGAAAAAAAUAGUGGUGGGUAUUUGGGAGAAAUACUUUUAAGCAAUUGGGUACAAAUUGUAUUGUUAUUUUAUAAUCGACUUUCUAAGAAAAUUGGAAGAUUUUCAACGUCCAUUGCUUUUGAUUUUUUUUUGUACAUAUGGCCAUUUGCAUCAGUAUUAUACUUUAUAGCAUUAUAGCAUGUUAAAUAAAAUAAUUAUUUCACUUAAAUAGGCGAUAAGGUGCUGUAAAAUGUGUGGGAAUUGGUUAUUAAGGGUAACGUUACUAAAUAUGACAGAAUGUAGUGAUAAUAUUCACUCAAUUUUGCUUCUGGCAUAAUAACAAGAAGUGAAUGUUACUAAGAAUUAUCCAAAAAUGAUAUGAUUUUCCUGGCGGCUAAUUCUUCAAACUAGAAAGUAUAAUAUCUGGUAAAGUGAGCGUGGUUCUGUAAUCUUUCGGGGAACUAUAUUCCUGACCACUGAUAGUAGAGGCGCUCCUGGAGACUAUUCUCGGAGUGAGAAACGCUCGUUGUCCAUCACAACGUUCCUCCUAAGAAGGAAGUUAUCUUUGUGAUGAGACGGUUAAUAAUAUGAAGAACCUAGGCACAUAUUAUAAUAAAUUACGUAGAAAAUGCAACACUGACUAGGAGUUUUUAGUCUACUGAUAAAUAGAAAGUGAUCCAAAUUUUAACUAAAAAUUUUGCAAAAUAGCUGAGAUAUCUCACCUUAAUGUUAAUAAUGUGUUGAAUUUCUGUCUUUGUUUAAGCACAGAUAAACAUUACAUUUUUUGCAGUUUAUAUAACUUUUUGCACCGCAAGUAUAUUUGCAUCGUUGUCUCUCCAUACACCAUAUUGGAAGAUGACCAUAUCCAUCUGCUCGAACAUCUUGCAUUGGAACAUCAGUCGCUGGACCCCUUUUUGCCCUAUUUUGUGAAUUUGCCAUAGCUUCACUUGGACGGCCUCUUUUUCUAGUAAAUCUGGAUUUAUUGACGUUACACAAGCAUUCUGCUACUGCCAUUUUGAAAUCUACUAAAGCUAAAUCACUGAACUCAUUGCCACUUCUUCUCCAGAGUAUCCAUGCAUUGACAGUCAUCAAAUCAAUAAUAUGAAAAAAUAUGCGCAUGUACCAUUUUCGAUCUGAUUUUGAUUCUACAGUAUCCCAGCAUGGAGUCCAGCAGGUACACACCUCCCAUAUACUUGUUGUAUAAUGUUAUAGAUUUUGGACAUGGUAUCAUUAUAUGUGUUUUAUCCUUUUUUUAAAAUCGCUUGACCUCGGCUGUUGGCGUACUUCCAGCAUAUGUCGAUAAAGUGCUAAGUAGAACGGGCAAGGUUCUAAUUGAAGCACGAUUUAUCAAGUGAGGUUUAAUAAGCUCGGUGCUCAGUGCUUUUAGAUAAAGCCGCCGAUCCAUUCUAUUGUUUGUAUUAGAAUAAAAAAUAGCAUCAGUUUCAUGGAAUGUGGAUAACAAGAGAACGUUUUUAUUUUUCUUUGGAACGUAUGAUAAAAGUACGCAAUAUUUUCCAUUAGCCAAAGAUGAUACUUUUCUGCUUUCUUCCCUUGGGGGUAAUAAAAAGAGGUGGAAUUGCCGCCUUAUUUUUUCUAAGGGUUCCUACCAACGUUGUGUUAUAAUUUUGAAGCAAGUCAACAGCUAAUGGAAUAGAGGUACACUAGGUGGUGAAUGAUCUAACUGAUAAUCACCUUCCGGCUGCUUUCUGGCAUAAAUUUCCAUCUUUGAAGUGUAAAAUGUGCGGGAAUCUACAAGUGCAAAGAUUUUGAUUCCAUAUUUAGCCGGCUUACUAGGAAUAUAUUGCCGGAAAUUGCAUUUUCCGCGAAAGCCUUCAAGCAUCUCAUCAAUACAACAAUAUUCUCCAACUUGAUAAGAAGAAGAGCACCUUUCAACAAAUUCACUAAACACCUUUCUUAUUGGAGCCAGCUUGUCAGACUUCUGCUGUUCUACUCUAUCGUGAAUAUUGUCAAAACGUAGCGCUCGAAGCAGGGUGUACAAUCGACUUUUCGACAUAACUGUACGAUAACAUUCCGGCGCUUUUCCAUCUGUCGCCCAAAGAUCUUCAAGGUUCACAUGGGAUGCCUUUGAAAUGCCGGCAAGAUAUAAUAAACCAAAUAAAGCCAUUACUUCUUCGAUAUUUGUAGCACCUACAUCUCGCUCUCGUGAAUAUUUACUUCGCAUCUUUUCCAAAUAUGUGUUUGUGUGUUGAACUAUUUCGGCGAUUGUUUCGUUAGGAAAAACAAACUCCAACAGUCACUUGGCGUAUUUCGAUUUUUAGCACACACAUUGGCGUACCUCCGGCGAUUGAUAUUACAAUCUGAAUUAGCACAACCUUAUAGAAGAAUACACAAAUGGAAGAAGCCAAAUGUAUUUUUUUAACUUGUAAAUUUCAAAAUGAGCGCUGCGCUCAUAACGCGAGCAAUGGCGGGUUUUAAGUACUAGUUGCCUAAAGUAACGAUACUGUCGCUCUGUAGUCUAUCUUCGACGUCCAGUGCCUCUAACUCGUCGAUCUCGGCCUUCUUGGAACCACGCUCAAGAUCAUCUCAUUAGAGUAGCUUCGUUUCGAUUCACCCGAUUAGCAAUUUCUCUAAAAGAAAAUUCGGCUUCAAGUAACCCGAUAUCCGACCCCUCUCAAACUCGGAAAGUUGAGUGAAAUGAGCGCGUCUGCGAUCUCUAGGCAUUAUAAUGCAAUGAAACAAAUGAAACCAUCAGAAGAAUCGCUGAAUAUUAAGUAAACAUGGGUUCUGUUGCGUCUUGUAGAACUUCGGAUUACACUGUUUUUCCACUUGAAACUUAUAGAGGGUAGUCAGAUAUAUUAUUUUAAAACAAGAAAAGUGUGGAUGAAGCACUCUUUUUUUCAUGAUUUUUUUCCCAAACCACUGUAUUUUUAGCAGUUUUUCCACAAUUAACUCCACCGCCAUCUGCCACAUGACGUUGACGUCUGUGCAUAUGUCACAGUCACGAUACACAUACACUGAAGAUAGGAUAUUGCGCAUAUGGGCGGAGCUUCGUUACGUCACCCGGUGAGUUGUCGUAACGUUACUGCAGUUCACGUUUAUCGUGGUUAAUACUAUGCAGUGCGAUUUGUUGGUGGUUUUGUGGCCUGUUCUAUUAGUUAUACAUACUUUAUAUAGCCUGUGUGGUUGAUAAAUUGUUAAAAAUGCUGUGUGCUGUUGUAAAAGUUACCGUGCUGUAAAAGAUGAUGCCAUUCCUAUGGAAAAUUUACCCAAGUCUCUAUCGUCACCUGGACCAUCUACAUCUGUUGAUGGGGAAAAGCGGAAAAGUGCUUACGAGAAAAGGCAAAGGGCUCAACUUAUCCCCUAGAGUUUAAGUAGAGGAUAAGGUCAUAUAUUUUGGGGCGAAACGAAGGCACAUACUCAGAGUGUUGCAGCGUAGAGGAAGAGGAUACGCCGGACAUUCCACUAACCGCAUCAUUAACGAAUAAACGGAAUGCUCUUGGAGUAUCAGCUGACUAUAACGAGGAAGUUUUAGUGGAAGAAAUGGAUGAGCUCGAGUAUGAUGGGCUGAAAAAUUUGGCCGGCUUUGUUUGCCAUAAAUUGCAGGAUGAGAGGUUGAAAAGUUCCUCGAAUUAAACUUACUCCUGGAUAGACCAUCUUAGUGAGAGUGGAUUAUCAAAAAUUAAGCUUAAUAAGGUGCUUACUACAUUCAAUGGGGACGAAAUAGUGACAGAAAAGCAAAAUUUUAUAGGCGAACUUCAGUUGAAGAGCAGCAACAUUGACUGCCCUGAAAAAGCUAAGAAACUAUUUGUUGUUCUUCCGGAUCAAAUAAUUGAGUAAAAGUUUGAAAGACCAGAAAAAUCGUGAAAGGAAAUGGAGAAAAGUUAUGGCUUAGACUAAGGGCCCUAUUUCACCGGGACACCAUGGCGGCGCAACCAGUCGCACAACCGUGGUGUCUUGAAGCUACCAAACCCGAGACACCGACUACGGCCACAGUAUCAAAAUGAACGUCGAAGAGUUAGCACUGUUGCUGUAUAUACGAAGGAAAAGAAAGUUAAAAAGAAAAAGAAAACAGUGGUGGAUUCAUCCUUACUUAGCCGAUCGCACUAAGAAAGGACAAUUUAUCAACAUAUACGAAGGUCUGAGAAGAUAUCCAGAUAAGUUUUUUAACUAUGUCAGAAUGUCCAUGAGGUCCUUUGACGAGUUAUUGACUCUGUGCAGAUAUGAUUUAUUGAAACAAGAUACAAUAUUAAGAAAGUCUGUCAGUCCCGAAGAAAAGUUAUUUGUAACAUUAAGGUAAGUUAAAACAAAUAAUGAACUUUUUUAGUAGGUAAGUUUUAUUAAAGAAUGUGACUGAACAAACAAUUCACGAACAUUUUUUUGGAGUUAGUUACUACAAUUUUGAGUGUUAAACAGUUCCAUAUAUGGUUCCGAGUCCAGUGAAUCAGGUGUAUCGCUUGGAGAACUUGUAUACAUUAUUGUAUUCAAAGAAUUAUAUCCAGGACUAUUUGUAAUAGUUUCAGUCGGAUAAUUCGUGGUGCGCGGUUGCGUCGAAGAACCAGGAUGAUAGUUGCCUUGACUAACCAGUCUACCACCUGAAUUAGCUUGUGAAGUAUGCCGAAAUGAACGAUCAGCAUAAUCAAACGUCAUGUAACCAGAAUAAUCUGACGCAUCGUUCAACAAAGUUAGCAUCUUUAUCUUGGUAGCCAUUUUAACUUGAACAGGCAGAUUUUUUAGUGUGCUCAACAAUGACAGCAGAAAUAAUCGAUCUUCAUCGGUCUCUGCUGUUUCACGUAGUAUCUGCUCUGAUGUCUCACGUUGUCUCUGCUCAAUAGAAUUAUUUAGAGUUCGUACAAAGGGAUCAUCAUCUUCAGCCAAUUGCCGUUUACGUUUGAUGGUAGCUUUUUCUUUAGAACGCUCACGUACUUCAGUGCUCUCCGAAUUUUCUUCUUCGUCAUCUUCUUUUUCUCUGAUAGCUACUACUUUUUGUAACUGCUUAAAGUAUAUGUAUUCGCUUUUGCGGUUAGUGGCUCCAGAACCAGACUUUAAAUUUUUUGUCUUUUGACUUCCCGAGAAUAGCAUGAUCUUAUACUUUUCCACCAAACCUGAAAAGAAAUGAUUAGUAGUUAGUAUUUCUCUGAAUUUAACUUAUGGUGUGUUUUUUCUUGGGAUUUAUUUUAGUACCAAUCAAUUAUUUAUUAAUAAAAAAACAUAUAUUUAUAUAUUAUAUAAAACAUAUAUUUCUCUGAAUUACAGGUACUUCGCUAGUGGAUGUACAAUGAGGGAAUUGCAUUAUAAUUAUCGUCUAGGACAAACAACUUUAAGCACAAUAAUUAAAGAAGUGUGUGCCGUGAUUUGGGAUAAGUUGCAAACAUGUUUAUCACUUCCAGCCUCUGCAAGUGACUGGAUCAAAACAGCAGAUGAUUUCGAAAAGCAUUCGAACUUUCCACACUGCCUGGGUAGUAUCGAUGGGAAGCACAUUAGACUGAUUCAACCUGCUGAUUCUGGUUCAUUAUGUUAUAACUAUAAACACUUUUUUUCAAUGGUGCUGCUUGCUGUAUGUGACGCUAAUUAUAAUUUUAUGUACAUAGACGUAGGUGCCUAUGGGAAAAGUAGUGAUUCAGCAAUAUUCCAAGAAACUGACUUUUAUAAGAAGCUCAUGAGCAAUACUUUAAAUAUUCCAGAGCCCCUUCAAAUUUCGGAAAAUAGCACAACGCUUUUUCCUUACGUAUUUGUAGGCGACGAAGCAUUCGGGUUGAGCACAAAUGUCAUGCGCCCAUUUGGAGGGAACAACCUCAGCGUCGACAAAAAAAUUUUCAACUACAGACUGUCGAGAGCGCGCCGUUACAUCGAGUGCACUUUUGGAAUUUUAACCAACAAAUGGAGAAUUUUCCACAGGCCAUUGAAUGUCCACACCGAAUUAGCAAAAUCAAUUGUGAGAACAUGUUGUGUGUCUCGCACAAUUUUGUGCGUGCUAGAGAUGGGUAUUCAUAUGAUGAUACUCUGACAGUAACCGGUUUUGAAACUAUAACACAGCGACAUUUUACUAGAGGAGGACGUGCUGCUACCACAACUCGAGAUAACUUCAUGAAUUAUUUUGUAAAUGAAAACCCACUUUCAUGGCAAAAUAAUUGUAUUAAUUAAUAAAAAUAUAAUAUUCCUUACUUACCUAAGUCUUUUUUUUGUUCAACUGUUUGCCCCUCUCCUCCAUAUAAAUCUACAAUUUCUUCCCAACAUUUCUUCUUCAAAUCUCUAUUAGAGUAAUCUGCUGAGGAACUAUCCCAAAUUGAUGGUCUAUUUUGAAUAUCAAUAAUAAAUUUUUCAGUAUCGAAAUUAUCCAUCAUGCACGUUUGCAAACUAAAAAGUUGACAUAUUCAGAAUUAUCGCGUCGUUAGCAGCGCGACUGGCGGCCGAGUGAGUGAAACACCAUAGAGCCCAAUACGAAGUAGUGGUGGUGCGACCAGCUUGGCGGAGCUGCCAGUAAUCUUUCGAGCACACGUAGUGUUGGUCGCUCCGCCAAACUGGUUGCGCAACCAAGCGGACACCAGGUGAGAUACUCUCCAUAGAGCUCUAUAUGUCUUGUUGGUAGCGACGACCGGUUGCGCCGCCAUGGUGUCCCGGUGAAAUAGGGCCCUAAGUCAUUGCCAUUUAUUGUUAUACUGCCAGCUUACUGCAAAAAGAUGAUGACUCCAUUUUUCUACUUUUCGGGUCGCGUACAUUUUCACACUAGCAUGUAGUUAGUACUUAGGAUGUUCUGUGAAAUAAGGAUGAAUAAAUGUUGUGCAGUAUUAACGUCAUGAGCAUGUUAAUCCUGCUCCACAGAACAUAUUAAAAUAUAGGUAAUGUAGAAAAAUCUUGUUUUUACAGUGAAGUGACGAUACACGCCCUAUUGUGGAGCUAGACAACCGUUUAAGCUAUAGCCUAUGAGAUAGGAAUUACAAGGUUGAAAUCUUUUAUUUAAAUCCGCCAUUUUGUUUUGUAUAACAUUUUAAUGUAGAUUGUGUCACUCGCACCGCUAAGACGAAUGCAACGACACUUCGUAUGUGAAAAUCCGUCCAGCCGUUUGGUCUGUAGGUGAAAAUAUGCACGUUAUCCUUAUCCGCCCAAAUGAUAAUCACUCUCCGCGUGACGUCAUGCGCACCGGCGGACAAAAAUCGAACAGCGGAGCAUCCGGCACUGUGUCAUGGUAUAUGAGAGGCGCUUGCCUGCAGUGUUGCCAGAUUGGGCUCCGAAUUUAGGGGAAAAUUGGAAAAUUUAUACACGUAUAUUAAAUAAUGAAACAUAAAAACGAAAUACUGAAACAAACAACAGUGGCAAAUUAAAAAGCGAUUCUUAAUAAUUAUAAAACAAAAUAUAACAGUAUUAAACUAAGAAACAAUUGUAAAUAAUUAUAAAAACAGUAAAACAAGAAACAUGUAAUUAUAAAAAACAAAAAACACAGUAAAAUAAAAAGCAAUUCUAAGUCUUAACAAAAAAUAAGAACAGUAGUAAAACAAAAAAAAAAAUUUCAUGUGAUUAUAAAAAACAACAAACGGUGAAAUAAGAAGCAAUUCUAAGUGAUAACAAAAAAAGUAAAAACAGUAAAUUAAAAACAAAUCUAAAAACUUAAAUCAAUAGAAAGUGUUCAAUACUAAAAGGUAUACUUUGCGGCAAUUUGUCGCAAUAUAUUUUUGGAUCGGCCUCCGGGUCCAUGACCAUAGAGCCUUCACCAAAUGGACUGGUCAAUAUAUUCGGGUAAAUGAGGCGACUGCAUGACACCCAGCCGCCUCAAAAGUAGCUUUAAUCUAGAUCAGUGCCCUUCAAUUUCAUUAGCGCACAAGCUGUCACCGGAUCCACAAAUUCAGUGUGUGGUUCACUGUUUUAUGGAUGUAGGGGAAACCCCUCCUAGGUUCCCCAAGCGAUUGUAGCAAGCAAUGGGUACUUUGAAGGAAUUUGCAAGUAAUUAAUGCGAUACUGGUAUUUUAUAGAUUCAAACACCGUGAGUCAAUCAGUCGGCAAAUAUACAUCUAUCUUUGCUUAGACUUAGACUAUCGAACACAGAGUACUGGAGGUUUUACGUUUCAAAGAUCUGCUCGGUAUGAGAAUGCAUAGCAAAGGUUCACAAAAAAUUCAUUCAGCGAUAUAAUUGGACUUGCAGGAGAUUUCAAUACUUGUCAUUAUUCAACGAGUAAAAACAAUUAGAACUUUGAAAGUAUCUAAUUGCAAGAAAACACUAUGUACAAUAUUUAUGGUGAUUCACUCGUUUUGGAAAUGUGGCUUUUAUACUUCCCGCCAAUUUUGUGGAUCCGGUGACGGGGUGUCAUACAGUCGCCUCAUUUACCCGAAUAUAUUGACCAGUUGAUUUGCUGGAGGCUCUAUGGUCCUAGACCCAGAGACCGAUUCAAAAAUAUAUUGCGACAAAUUGCCGUAAAGCAAGUAAUAAUAAUAUUGAAUACUUUCUGUUCAUUUUAGUUUUUGGAUUUGUUUUUUAAUUUACUGUUUUUUCGUUAUCACUUAGAAUUGCUUUUUAUUUUCCUGUGUUGUUUUUUGUUUUUUUUUUAAUUACAUGGAGUUGUUUCUUGUUUUACUAUUUUCAUAAUUAUUUACAAUUGUUUUUCAAUUAUUAAGAAUCGCUUUUUAUUUUGCCACUGUUGUUUGUAACAGGCAAGCGCCACAGACGUCAACGUCAUAUGGCAAAUGGCGAUGGAGUUAAUGAUGGAAAAACUGCUAAAAAUACACUGUUUUGGGAAAAAAAUUUCAUGUAAAAAGAGUGCCUCAUCCACACUUUUCUUGUUUUAAAAUAAUCUAUCAGACUACCCUCUUAUAAGUUUCAAGUGGAAAAACAGUGAUAUCCAAAGUUCUACAAGACGCAACAGUACCGUAAACAUGUUCAUAUUGUUCGGAUCCUGAUAUGACAAAAAAAAAGUACGGAAUGCCUUCAAGAUUUCAUUAGCGUAUACUUCCACGGUAGCACACAAGUGUUUGUCAAAAAUCAAUAAAUAAUUCUGUGAGUUGCAUUUUAUUUGCCACUUAUGUAUACAUUCACACUCUUGUCUUAUGAGCGUCAAUAGAAUUUGGAAUAAUUCUACUGCGCUCAAUAAUGGACCCCGUCGUUGUACACUCUGGCCUAAAUAGUUUUUUUUGUAAUAACCAUUUCUCAUACCUGAAAACACUGUAAAUAUUUCCACACGAUCUUCUAAGAUUGCUGAAAAUCAGUGUGUCCGAUUUUAUUGAAGAAAAUAUUUCCCGCAUGUUAGAAAGAGUGAGCCCCACAAGCAUGCGACUGUGGGGGAGGGCUGGGAGCGCGACUUUACUUUGCCGGGCCGCCAAACGUUGCACCAUUCUUCUUGAAUUAUGAUGAAUGAUGGAAAUAAGCAGAACUAUUCCAGGUCAGAAAUUUCAAAAUUUUGCUUUUAUAUUCUGUAUGGCUUAUUGAAGGUCGUCUCGUGCGCUGCAGAAGUAUCCCAUGUCUACGCUGUCGGAGAAUACCGAUUACGGCCGAUUAAAAAUUUAGUCUAUGUCCUGUUGCGCAGAACUGUUUUAUCUGCGUAGGGGUGCAAUUGCCGUUUUUGGUAUGGCAUAGUUCUGCUCUAAUAGGACGAUGGUUUUAUUUUGAGCGUACACAUGUCGAAUCGGCUUAGAAUAAUUGAUUCCGGAUCGGGCUUAACGGUUCUCUGCUUUUACGUAGAACUGGAGGAUCGCCACAAAUCCUGCAACAUUGCGUCAUUGGUUUGACAACACUGCAUCUCGGUACAUUCCAAUGCAGGAUUUCAGCCUGCAUAUAUUUAUGAUAGUUCAGUGCCAUUAGCGUUUUUUUUUUUCAACAAUUCAUCAUUUGAACACUGUAUUACGUAUCUUGAAAAGUGACAUUAUACCGAUUUUUUUUUGGCAAUGUAUUGGUUUUUUUGUGACGUUAUGUAUUUUUUCUAUAAGAUGUUAACUUAGCACUAGCUGAUAGACACGUUGUGAAUUCGUUUUGUAGUUGUAAGUGUUGAAUAAACGUCACGAGGCUUCAGUUAUCAAUGUUUGGCUAUGAUGUGAUGUAAAAUCUGCUUCAGAGAUGGCAUUACUGGAGGUCUAAGCUGUAAGUUGUAUGUGUUGAUGAUAAUUCCAUUGGAUUCUUGUCUCAAAUACACUUACUUGAGAUUCAAGGCAAGAAAUUAGUUGCACAUCUACUUUUUCUUAUCUAUUCUGGAAAUUACUUAUGCAAAUUUGAUGAAUUUCAAAAAUGAGAGAGAUACGUCAUACACAUGCUAACAGUAAUUACACACAACGCGGGCUCGGUGAUGAUUUCCCGUAAUUUUCGUUUUUCGUAAUUUAUAACUUUGAACAUAACUUGUCUUCAGAAAGGACAACGUAUGAAUAACCCGUGGGGCACAGCUAAUAGAUAUACCUCAUUAGCAGCAUAUUCAGUAAUGAUUUUCUCACACAUCACUGAUUUUAUACACAUGCAGACCAAUACAUAUAAUCAUCCAGAUGCGAUCUUGCUAUUCAACCAACCUUCUUCUCAGAGAUAAAAACUACAGACCACUCGGCUUCACAUAACAUAAUAUGCAACCAACAAUGCAUGUAGUUUAGUUUAGUGACAUUUUUUCGGAAAUCGUACACAGCGUCAAAAAACUACACCUAUAUAUUCAUAGCUAAGACAGGACAACGUCUGUUCGUUCAGUUAGUAAUGUCAUAAAAACUAUACAAUAUCAUUUUUUAAGUUACGUAAUUCGGUUGCAGUGUUUAACAGAUAACUGGUUAAAAAAAACUAAGAAAAACUGGACUAUCAUGAAUCUAACGAGGUGGAAACCGAGUAUACCGAGAUGCGUUGUUUUCAAACCAAUAACACAAUGUUGCAGAAUUUUUGGUGAUCCUGUUGCUGUUCCACCUAAAAUCGGAGAAUCGUAAAGACCGAUCCUAAAUCAAUUAUAAACAAACUCAUCAAAAUAGAACCAUUAUUUGGACGCAGCAAACAAACCAAAAGCAUAGUGCAGGAAAAGGUGUAUUGUUUGGCAAUACGGUAAAUUACAGCGGCGCUCCGCGCCCUCCCCCACUGUUGCAAGGUGUCGCACGCUUCUUUCUCUCUCGUACACAUUGAAAGCAGCGCCCAAAAGCGUACAUGAAUUUCACUGUAUAUCAUAAAAGUUCCAUUUAACGUAAAAUAUUCCGAAUAUGGUGGCCUAAAAUUUUUAAAUUCAUGUAUGUAUGUUUUACUCCAAAUGUUAAUGCUUUCUCUAGCAUUUAAACUUAUUGUGAUUAAUUUUUUUAUUUUUAUAUAUGUCAUCUUUGGCCCUUUUAAUUACCAGUAAACUUAGUUUUUUUGUUAAUCCAACUAUAUCUGAAUUGAAGCAUCACCUCAGUAUUUUUAAUGUUCUUUUAAUGUGUUUGAUUUCUCAUUAGGUGUGAAAUGGCAUUAUAGGUACUUCUAGGUGCAAAUGACCAUCUUUUAGUUUUAUUUCUAUUUGUACAGAUAGAGCAUUUUAAUAGAAUAAUAACAUAGGAAAAUAUAGUACAGGAUGAAACUUGUUUAAGAUUUAGCUGUAAAGGAGUGUUGAAUCAUGAAAGUUUUUAUACCUGCCCGAAGUAUUAUUCUACAUUUCUGAUUUUCUUAGAGUAAAAUAAAGCUAGCUUCUCGCAUCCACAUCUUUAUUCCGAUUUAAAUUUUAUUUUUACAAUUUUUUGACAAUCUUAUUGUAACAUUUUAAUUUGUAUAUAAUUUCGGUAUUUUGCUAUUUAUAAUUUAUGAUAUUUAUUACGAUAAUUUUUAGAUGUAGUUAUUCUUG